CUCAUGUCUUUGCACUGCACACGGCGUUCUACUGUCGACCACCACAGCACAGAAACAGCCAACCACAUCCAACUGGAACCAUGCAGUCUGCCGAAGCCAAAUUCAACAAAAACAGCCUCCUCUUGACUCUGAGACGGUACAGCUCAGCCGUCUGUGACAUGGAGCAGACCAUUCUCCUGCCCAGCCUGCUGCGAGACGUCCCCUCCGAUGACCUCUGGGACUGUGAGGCAGCAGAGGAGUCCUGCACAGACCUGUAUAGCAACUACCUGAUGCUCAAGGCCAUAAGAAACACAGCGGAGAGCAACCUGGUUCGCCUGGAUGACCACAAGGCCAAGAACACAGCGCUCAACAAGACCCUGGAGACUCUGUUGGACACAGAUCCAGAGGCUCUCUUUGGCUUCCACCUCAGAGGACUAUUUUCUGUGAUGAGUGACCUCACCAAGAAGACUCAGAGUCUCACUGACAAAUAUAUGGACAUCAUUGGAGUGGCAAAUUAGAAAAACAUGUAAGACUUGUGGACAUUAAGCUAAAUAUCUGGCGAUUUUCAAAUGUGCUGUACAUGUAACAGCCAAGAAGUAACAGUCACAUGAUUGUCACAAACUGUUUACAUUCAGUGACCCAAUUCCUGGAACAACCGUGCUUUGUCAAUGUUAACCAAAUCUAUCUAUUCAUUUGCUAACUGUAAUAGCCCAUUGGAAAUGAUGGUUGAAGAUUUAAAGGUUGACUGAUUAAAAGACCAUGAAACAACA